AUGACGCUAGAGCUCCAUGUCUGGGGCCCGGCUUUCGGCCUCCCCUCUAUCGACGCCGAAUGCCUUGCGACCGUUACGUACUUUGCGCAAACCCUGAGUGCCGCCGACUACCUGCUCGUACAGAGCAGCCCCUCUGCCGUUCCAUCCCAUCACCUCCCGGCACUCUACAACCCCUCCACGGUAACAUGGAUCUCCGGCUUCGACCCUAUCGUCACCUAUCUCUCCACCCUUCAACCACCCUCUUACCACCACCCUGACGUCACCACCCUCCCCUCACGCGUCUACGCCAACUCUCAAGCUUACAAGGCCCUCCUGACCUCCUCGGCCGCCCCGCUCCUUGCCCUGUCCCUCUAUGUCUCCUCGGCCAACUACUCUGAAACCACCCGACCCGCCUACAGCGCCAUUCUCCCGUUCCCCUUACCGUGGACAGAGCCGCUCGCCGUGCGGGCCGCCAUGGCCGCGCGCGCGGCGCACCUGGGUAUGAGCAGCUUGGACACGGACGCGGAGAUGGAGCGGCUGGAGAAGGAGGAGCGGGAGCGCGAGGCUGCGGGUUGGGUGCAGAUCCCGAAGGCGUUGAGGAAGGCGGUCGGCGGGCAAAAUAGCGGUGUCAAGGGCCAGUUGAGUCCAGAGAUGAAGAGGAGGAUCAAGUUGGAGGGGCUGGCGGCGGAGGUGUUUGAUGUGCUUGGGGAAGUUGAUCUCCUGGAAGAAGAGGACGGGGAGGAGGGGGAGGAGGAGGCUAAAGAGGGUGGUGCAAGGAUCAAGGUGACGUUGGAGACCAAGUGUCUUGCGUUUGCUUACCUGGCGCUCAUGCUGCUUCCUGAGGUGCCGAGGCCUUGGUUGAAGGAAGUGUUGCAGAAAAAGUAUGCCGGAUUAUGCAAGUUUGUGCUGGAGUACAGGAGGAAGACGUUCCCUGAGAGCGGCAAGGUGCUGCCGUGGGCAGAUAGGGAGAGUGAUCCCGCUGUCAGUGCCUGCGAUUCGGCGCUCAGUAUCGUUGGGCGGUUUGUGAGGGCCGUGGUUGACGAUAUCCCAAUGCUUGGACGGGAAUGGAGCAGGUGGUGGGCGUUGAGGCAAAGAAGGGUAGCUGAAGAGAACUCUACCGAGACACAGCUCGUUAUAAGGAGAAGCGUUGGUGAAAGUGAACGCAGUCUUUUGCUGGCUGGUGCCGGGUUGACUCUGCUGGCUAUCAACGUUGUCGGCCUUGGUAUUUACUGGUACCGAUACCGAGGGUUGCUGGGCGCGCCGUUGCAGACGUGGCAUAGGCCACUGGUAGGCUUGGGUAGCUUUGGAGCGGCAGGAGCCAUGUUCGCUGGUCUUGCAUGAAGACGUUGAGGGUUGAGAACCUUAGGGGAGUGUAUGAUACGUGCCUAUGAUCAAAACUUGGAA